GAAGUGUUAUAUUAUGUAGAGUUGAGUGUACUGUGUCAACAAAAAGGGCCCGACUCAGCAUUAUGCCGCAGUUCAGUCGAACUACGACGCUGAUGAUUCUGCCAGAUCCUAAAGUGUCAUUCGAUCAAGUGUUAUUCACAUGCCACCGAUGUUGGCAACGAAUUAAUACUGCCGAAAGGGCACAGCAGGCUGUUGGAGCUGUCGAAAUCGACCAUAUUGUCAACGAGGAUGAUAAUAUACCAGUUCCACUUGCUAUACCAGUUAAUCAAAGGAACCUCGCUAGAGCAUCUAAUACAGCAAGUCAUUGCAUAUUUAGAGAUUGUUUAAAUGAGUCAAGACUUAGAAUACCCAAUAGCAGAAAAGCUCACAUGUUGUCUUAUUACAAUUUCUACAUUCCUCCAAGUGCUCGUGUUUGUAAUGAACACAUAAUGACUCACGAUUGGGACCAAUUGCUAAGUGGCAAUGUAUCUCAGGAGUUUAACGUAGAUCACAUACUGGAUAUAAUUUCAAUUUACAGAACAGCUCUAAAGAAUCCAUCGACUAUGUUCGAUUUUGAUUUACAAACAGUAGAUGAAAAUGAGUUGCGACACUGGACAGGACUUACGAUAAUUGAAUUCAAUUCGUUGCUUGAACAAACGCCAUCGCUGCGACAGCGGUCGAAUGUACCGAAUGUAGUUCUCGGGGGGUACCUUAUGAAACUUCGAACAGGCGAACCUAACGUACGACUAGCAUCGCUUCUAAAAAUAUCUCGAAGAACAUUCGAACGCCAAUUAGUAAUAGCAAGAGAAUGCUUACUGGCAGACUUCGUGCCAUCGCACUUGGGAUUCGAUCACAUUAGUAGAAACGAAGCGCUUACUAAAAAUUUGUUGAUACCAAGCGCGCUGUUUGGAGACGAGAAUAACUCAAAACUAAUAUCGAUUUGUGACGGGACGUACAUUUAUAUACAGAAGAGCAGCAAUUUCCUCUUUCAAAGACGUAGUUAUAGUCUCCAUAAAUACAGGAAUCUGUUGAAGCCGUUUCUCAUUGUCUGUAGCAAUGGUUAUAUCAUCGACGUAACAGGCCCUUACGCGGCGACUACAUCAGAUGCCACGAUUAUGAGUAAUAUUCUUAACGAUCAUGACAAUACAUUUCAUUGGUUUUAUUUAAGUAAUGACGUGUUCAUUUUGGAUCGUGGCUUCAGAGUCGCUCUACCUGAUUUUGAAGCAUGCGGCUACGAUGCACACAUGCCACCUAGCAAGGACAGAAACAGUCAACAGCUAUCCACAGAGCAAGCGAACAAGUCGCGCUUAAUUACCAUAGUAAGAUGGGUGGUAGAAGUAGUGAACGGAAGGUUCAAGCGCGACUUCAAGUUUUUACGGGCUGAUAACUUUAACAGGGCUGUUCCGCACAUGUUCGAACAUUUCCGGAUAGCUGCAGCACUGAUCAAUGCUUUUCACUUGCCAAUCAGGGACAAUGCGUAUGCCAAUGCGAUAAUUACUAUCAUAAAUGAAAGAAUUCAUUUCGAGAAUCAUUUGGCUCAAUAUGUCAUACAAAAGAAUUUGAAUAUGCAACGAGUCGUAUUUACACGCAUGGCUGCCUAUGUUCCUGGUUUUGAAGAUAUUCCUCAAUUAGAAGAAGAACACCUUGUUCUAAUUGCUCUGGGAACGUAUCACAUCAAGAUAGCCAGCUCUUACUGUGCCGAACAUUUAAGUGAUGGGACGUAUGUUAUUGAAUUAUACAGAGAUAACGAACUCGAGGAUUUAAACGAAUAUAACAUUGAAGUAGAAGAAGGGAGUUUCCUGCUGAGAGCACGUAUACAAUCACGUCAUACAAGAUCCAAGCAAUACUACACAUACGUGCUAAUAAACAGUGGCAUCGAGGGACGAGGUGCUUUCAAACACUACUAUUGCACGUGUUUGACAGGACGUCGCACAAUUGGGACAUGUGCACAUGUAAUAUCGAUCUUGUGGUAUUUAUGCUGGGCUCGCCAUCAAGAAGGUUUGUCGCCGCCAGCUGCCCAUCUGAAUAAUGUCAUUAUAGACACUAGCAUAAUGUAAUAAUGUAAUUAAUUAAAUAUGUUUGUAAUAAAUCUAAGGAUUUUAUUUUCUCUUUUUCUAAAAAUUCUGCCA